AUGGCAGUGGCUCUGGUGCUGUUGGAAACAGAUGUGACGUCAGCAUUCACACAGUCAGGUCCUGGCCUGCUAGCUUUCAUGCUGGGUGCGGCCGGCACGAUUGCAGGAACACUUGUCGGCUUCUCAUUGGCCGGGCCCUCCCUGGGAGUGGAGGGGUGGAAGGUGGCGGCUUGCUUCUGUGCAACGUACAUUGGGGGGAGCGUGAACUAUGCUGCCACGGCUAAGGCUCUAGGCAUGGACAUCACAGCAGGAGCGGCAGCGGCAAGCACAGGAGCUAGCUUACUGACAGCAGGCAUGGCGGUGGACAACCUUCUCAUGGCUGCUUACUUCUCGGUGCUUGCUGCUCUCCCUGACUCCUGGCCCAAGCCGUGGGAGUCCCUCACUCUCUCCAUAGCUGCUGCCGCCUCAGCAUGCGCGCUAGCAGACAAAAUUGCCGUCCAUCUGCCGCCCGUGAUGGCCUCGGCACAGCUGGCGCUUGCCGCUGUGCUGGCCUCCCUCCUGUCAACUAUAGGAGCGUCAGCAAGUGUGUCUGAAGCCAUGUCUGCUGGUGGUGGUCUGCUUGCAUUCGUUGCAACUGUGUUAAUGGUUCACAUUGUAGUAGUUCUUCUAGGGGGAAGACUCCUCAACAUCCCACUUGAUAUUCUUAUGGUAGCAUCCAAUGCCAAUGUGGGCGGACCUGCCACGGCUGCUGCUAUGGCCAGUGCCCGCAAUUGGCCCCAACUGGUGCGCCCUGCAGUGUUACUCGGCACAUUUGGCUACACCAUCGGAACAGCCAUUGCCUUUCUGCUCGGAAUCAACGUUCUGCAGCCCAUGGCAGCAGCUGCUCUCGCUAAAGUAUUGUGA